UUUUUGUAUUAGAGAAAACAAAAUUAUUACCGAAGUUACAUUGGGAUAGGUUGCGUUAUAUGUUUAACUAAAUAAAUAAAAAUCAAUUAUUUGUUUUCGUAUACGCGGUACCUUCUCGUUUGUUAGUCUUCACUUGGAUCAUUAAUAGACCUAGAUAUAGUCUAAUCAUUGCCGCUAUCUAAGGAACUAAACAAUAGGAGAAUACAAAACAAUGUCGCGAUCAUGAUGUUACAAAGUGAUUCAUUACAUUGUAAUUAACAUUCUGUAUUAAAUAAAUCGAUAAAGAUGCGGUUUUACUUACGGGUGCUUAUGUGGAAGCACUUAAUCAGCCGCAUGAAAAAAUAUAUCCAGACUCCGCUAGAACUAUUGUCAACACUGGUUCUUUUCGUCAUACUGUAUAUAUUUAAAGAUGAUUUAAACCCAGUGAAUAAACAUAAAAGCGUUGAGGGUUUUACGAUUCACGAGACGGAUGUAAUUCCCCUGAAUCAGUUAGAGGCACCUAUAAUGAUUUACUAUUUUCCUGAAACUGAUCUUACAAAGCUUUUGAUGGAAAAAGUAGCAGCCAAAUUGCGCGUGAAGGAACAGGAACAAUUAUAUGGUGCAUUUCGUGGAUACAGCCCAAUAUCAAGCUAUACCGAAAUUGAAAAGUUUUUCAAUACUGUAUCUGUAUAUGAUGCUGUUAUUAUUUUUCCUGAUAGUUUACGGAACUCAUCAAACACUUGGCCGGAAAGUCUUAAAUAUACAAUACGCAUGAAAAAUAACUUCAUGACACGCCACCAUAAGUCUUUGGAUGAUAACCUAGGAUCACAUAGAAACUUUGCCACAACUUACAACUCCUUCCUUCGUUUGCAAUGGGCCAUUGAUAGUACUUAUCUCCAGCUGUUAACGGGAAAUGAUAUUAACCUGAGAGUCUCCCUCCAAGAGUUACCAUAUGCCGAAGUUGCAGCGAAUCAAAUUGUGGCGAUUAUCGGACAAAUCCUUGUGUUCCUAAGUUGGUUUUCAUUGGAUCUGGUUUUUACAUUUCUAUGUUCGAGGUUGGUAGAAGAACGAUCGUCGGGAGUUCAAGAGCUGAUAAAGAUGGUAGGAGUGUCAUCGAACAUGUUAAACCUGUCUCACUUCUUGAACGUGCUUCCUACGGGAAUCAUAUUCAGUGUGGUGAAUUCCGCUCUUUUAACGGCAUCCUCGAACCCGAUAGUGCCUCACUCGAAUCCACUCUUGAUAGCCAUCAUGUUUCUGCUCUACUUCAUCGCCAUUGUUGCAGUGGCCUUUGCGUUAAGCUAUAUGGUGAAGAAUCCUCAAUACAUCGUAUCUGUUUGCUCUGUGGUGUACAUAGUUUUCUCAUGUGCAUCCAAGUGGCUCCUGGAUUUAGCUAUCCCGUGGUUUGUGAUGCCCUUUGCAAUGCUGAUUCCUCACGCCCCCAUGUUGACAUUCUGGAAGGAAAUGGUUGCUCUGGAACAGUAUGGAGAAGGAAUAAAAUUAUCGAAUAUGGCGACUACGCACGCGAAGAACAGCGUAUCAGUACUCGGCUGUUACUUUUACUUCGUUUUGCAAUGGGUUAUUUUUUUCUCGCUCACACGCUAUCUCUCUCUCGUUAUGCCCGGACCAUAUGGCCAACCCUUGCCUUGGACUUUCUUUUGUCAGAAAAGCUACUGGAGCAAAAAGCAAAUCGGUCCAGAAGAAGAAAUAGAGGAGAUGGAGGAGAUGGGAGAAGAAGAUGCUUUGUUCUUUGAGCAGCCUCCGAGGAAUGCAGAAGUUGGCAUAAAGAUUGUAAAUGUUUCUAAGGUGUUCGAUAAGAAACGCGUGUUAAAUAAUGUCACAAUGGACGUAAUAAAGGGAGAAAUCACAGUGUUGCUAGGUCAUAAUGGCGCAGGGAAAACAACACUUAUGUCUAUCAUAACUGGCAUGUUAAGCCCAACCGAAGGCAAGGUGUACGUAGAAGGACUGGAUACGUGCACGCAAAGAGAAGAAAUGCAACAACACCUCGGCCUUUGUCCGCAACACAAUCUCUUCUUCCCGGAUCUUACUGUGCUUGAACAUGUCAUUUUCUUUACCCUGCUCAAAGGCGAAAGCUACAAAGAGGCGAAAUCCUCAUCAAUAAAGUUGUUGGACCACUUGGGCUUAUCCACCAAACUGAAUGAACCGAGCAGUGCCCUAUCUGGUGGAAUGAAGAGACGGCUCCAACUGGCGUGUGCGUUAGCCGGAGAUGCCAAGUUGCUGGUGUUAGAUGAACCUACUGCUGGAUUAGAUGUGGAAUCUAGAAGACAGUUGUGGGAUUUGCUGUCGUCCCUCCGCGGUUCUCGAACGGUUUUGCUGAGUACGCACUUCAUGGAAGAAGCGGACGCGUUGGGCGACCGCGUGGCUGCAUUGCAAGCCGGGAAACUACGUUGUCACGCUACGCCUAUGUAUCUCAAGAGGGCAUUAGGUACCGGUUACCGCCUAACAUUCACAACUAUCGGACUACCUCGAGAACAAGCCCUAACUGAAGUGAUACAAUCUCACAUCCCCGACGCCACACUCAAAGAAACCUCUAUCAACUCAAUCUCAUACAGUCUCCCAGCUAAAGACAGUACGAAGUUUCCAAAAUUAUUUACGGCUUUGGAGAAUAAGAGGGCACAACUCGGCAUUGAUUCUAUUGGCGUGGGAAAGUCGACGUUGGAGGAAGUUUUUUUAAAAUUGUGCAGUGAUAUUACUACAAGUUUUGAUGAUGACGAAAUCGAUGGUGACAUUCAAGAAGCCGAUUACCCAAAAGUAACUGGAACAAAAUUGUAUUUACGCCAGUUCUCUGCUCUGUUCCGCCGUCAAUUGAAGUAUGUUUGGAGCAAGAAGAUAGGCUUUCUUAUAGCGCAAAUUGUUCUACCCUUAUUUUUUAUAUACGGUAUAACGCAUCUUACCAACGAUUAUAAAACCAACGAAGAAAAGAACCCACCAGCGACUAUGAACCUCGGCAUGUAUCAUGAUUUGCCGAAUUCGCGGGUUCUUUAUAAAGUGGACAAGUCUUAUAGUUUGCGAAGCCUAAGUGACGCCUAUCCGAAAAUCGACUUUGAAGUAGCAGAUGAUGUGGCUACCAGUCAAAAUAUCCUAUGCCACGACUGUGAAGAUGAAAAUAUUUUGCGUAUUAGCAAGCGAAAUCAGUUGGAUUACAACAAGUAUAUCGUUGGAUUGGAACUUAAUCAAACCGACGCAAAGAUUUUGUUUACGACUCGUGUACGUCACGCGGCACCCGUCGCCAUGAACGUUCUAACCAAUUUGCUCGCGAGUCAACUAUUGCCUUGGAGUGAUGGUGUAACCUUGUCCACUAUUAAUUAUCCACUGGAAACGGCGCAACAAAGGAGUGCGGAGAUUGUCGAACCGAAAGAAAUGAGUAACAUCUUCUUAUGGAGUGCCUUCAUCGUCUUCAUUGUCAUAUGUACAAUUAUGAAUGCGGCGAGCAUCGCAUGUAAGGAGCGGGAAACUAGUACUCGACACAUAUUUAUCAUGUCUGGGUGUCCCCCUCUGGUGUUUUGGCUCUCGACGUUGAUAGCGCACAUAACUAUAUACACUCUGUUACUGGUGAUACCCACUUUGGUGGCCUGUGUCGCCCUGGAUCGCGAUGAAACCAUUAACAAACCGGACUUUCUUGGUACCCUGUUCCUGAUAAUGCUGCUGAGUACGAUGUCGGUCCUGUGUUUUGUCUAUUUCGUGAGCUUUUUCUUCGCAGAGACCGCAGCCACCACCAUUCUUGUCGUGAUUCUGUUUUUUUUUGGAAUUAUCACACCAGCUGUAAAGUCUGGAACUGAAUUCUUUCAAGAGGAUGUACCGGUCUAUGCCAACUUCCUCCUCGCAUUUGUUGCCUAUACGAUACCGCCACAUACGGUUGCAAUGGCAAUGAAGCGGGCCGGCAACAUCGCACGUGUGAACGCAUACUGUGAUCUCAAUAAGGACAAAUGUCCAAAUCUGUUAGUUCCGGAUUUAAACUUCGAUGUCAAAAAAUGUUGCGAAUUGAACGAAAAGUCGCUGAAUUAUUUCUCGUUUGAUGACGCGUCGCCGCUUUACUACAUGCUGAUUUUAGUUGGCCAAACCAUUGUUUAUAUGGCGUUAGUGAUAGCCUGUGAAAAGGGGCUCUUUAUGUGCUGGAUUGAUCGAAUAUUCAACUCGAGAUAUUCUCCAGAAACCAGUACCAAUGUCGAUCAAAUGGUUUGCGCUGAAAAGUGCUAUGUGAACAAGGCGAUUGAUUUACCACCCCGAGACAUCCGCGACGCGAUGUUGGUAGAUGAUGUACACAAGAAAUAUUUGAAUUACCCCAAGCCAUGCACUGCUGUCAAAGGGGUCAGCUUCUCAGUCCAAAAAGGUGAAUGCUUUGGUCUCUUGGGGGUGAACGGUGCGGGAAAAUCAACAACAUUCAAAAUGCUUACGUCAAGCGAAUGUCCUACCAGGGGACGGAUAUUUGGGAAUGGAUAUCACAUGGACAAAUCGAGGACUGAGUACUUACGUUCGUUGGGGUACUGUCCGCAAUUCUUCGGCUUGGACGUAUUUUUGACGGGCCGCGAAAACCUCACGCUGUUGCUGACGCUACAAGGCCGCGAUGAAGAACAUAUUCAUGAUGAAGUUGCCUCCUGGAUUGAUACCGUAGGGCUAGAGAAAUACGCAGACCAACCAGUCAGCGCGUACUCCGGUGGGUGCGCGCGCCGUCUAUCCACCGCGGCUUCUUUAUGUGGCAAUGCAGCCGUGACUCUGUUGGACGAGCCCACUGCCGGAGUUGACGUUGCCGCGCGAAGACGUGUCUGGGCAGCGUUGAGACGGGCAACAGCGGCGCGACGGGCGCUUAUUAUUACGUCGCAUAGUAUGGACGAGAUGGAAGCCCUCUGCAACCGUAUAGCCAUAAUGUCCGCGGGCGAAAUCCGCGCGUUGGGAGAACCGGCCGUACUCAGGGCCAACCACGCCGCGGGACACGCCCUUACACUGAAACUGAUGCCCACCGCUACUGACGAAACGGAUGGUUCGAAACCAGAUUUAAGGAAGCUAAAGGCAGCUCUACAAGAUCGAUUUAACUGUACUCUCAAGGAUGAACAUAAGACUAUGCUCCAAUACCACAUAAAUGAUGAGAUACCAUACAGCGAGCUGUUUUCAGCUUUAGAAAAACUAAAGCAGCAAAACCCACUGGUUGAGGACUAUUCAGUGACAGAAACAACUCUAGAAGAAGUAUUCCUUUCAUUUGCACAAGAUGAGCAGACUCCUGAGCAGGAAUCGCCCGCUUAAAGCACUGAGUUGAUUUUCUUUUAGGCUUGGCAUUGCUGAAUUAAGUCUUUAAUAGAGGGCAGGUUUAGAGAAAUUUCUGUGAUACAACUCCCAACUGUAGGUAGCUUAUAUGGCUGGUCCAACAUUACUCUAGUUUAUACAGGAUAUUAUAUUAUUUUAUGAACUGACAGGUAGUAAUAAUGUACUGAAAAUAGGCUUGAAGUAUGUGUCAAAGGAGAUCACACUUGUUUAUGUAUCCUUUCACAAAAAAUACUAAGCGCUUAAUUAUUGUGAUGUUAGUGAAGCUUUGCAUUAGAUAUAAAAUUAAAUUCUAAAACAAGUAAUUUCUACAACAACAAAAAUAUACAGGUUUAUUUAGUUAUAUGAAUUCAAUUUGUAUGAAAUUCAACAAUUAUUUAUAAACAUUGUUACCUAUUAGAAGUGCCUAUUUUUAGAGAGAUUUAAUCUCGAUGGUAAUUUAAAUCUCGUAUUUCGUAAUAUAACGGAUUUUUGUAUAAGGCAACAGCUUUCAAAAAUUAGUUUAUAAUUUAUAAUAUUAUUUAUGUUAUACAAAUAGUUUUUAUUGUUUUCUAUUUUGCUAGACUUAAUACAUCAUAUACAAUGUCAUCUCAAUUAGACUUGCAGUGUUCAUGGGUUGAUCACCAUUACUGAAAUAUUCUCUUUUUUUCAUAUAAAUUUCUGAUUUGUCAUUAAUGAGUAUAGCCACAAUGGUUUGAUCAAAUAACUUGUCUAACAUUAACCAAAUGGAUGUUUUUAUGUGUUUAGUUAUUAAGUAUUGAACCACCAUGUUUUGCACAAAUUUAUUUAUUUUAGAAUAGUAUUAAGCACUCUUAUAAUCACCUAGUAUACCAACUAUGAGAAAUUAUUUUCUUUUAAUAUUUUUUGUAAUCAUCACUCAUAUAAAAAAAUAUUAACUAAGUAUGAUGUUUUUAGGUAUUAGUUGUACUUUUAAAAAUUAUUUUAAAUUAACUGUUAUCUCAUGUAUUACUUAACUUUUUGAUGUAUACUUUAUACUAAUGUGUACUUACAACUUCAAUGUUAAAUUUGUAUGAUAAUGAUAUUUAUAUGAUAAUUGAGCAGUCAGAUAAUUAUAUAAAUGCAUUCAGUGCAUUCUUACGAUCUUAUACCAUUUCUUACAAACAAGAAUGUUUGAGUUGAUACUAUUGUGUAAAGUUAUAUAUUAACUUUUACCUAUGUAUGAAUAAGACUGUUUAUUCUAGCAAUAAAUGUUAUGCUUCUUA